AAAAGCCCCCUAGUGGAAGGAUGAUGAAUUGCAAGGCAGAAAACUUGGAUCAUGCCAAUAAGAUAGGAGUCUCAGAAAUACAUAUAUAAAUAUGAUACAAAUAGUUUUAUGGGAAAGUAAGAAAAAAAAAUACAUAAAUUCAAACUAUUCAGGGUAAAAGUCACAUAAGUCAGCUUGUAAAUAAAAAAAAUAGGUGUAACUGUUAAGAAAUAACUAAUAACGAUUAUGUAAAUUUACUCAAAAUGUAUUAAAAGUAAAUUAGCAAAAGCAAAGUUUUGCAUUAGGGUUGUUUAAAAGAAAAAAAGGGGGCAUCCCUGGCCUUUGACCUUCCUCCUCAGUCUACAAGAGUCCAGCAGGGGGAGCACUUCCAACUUAAGUCGGUCCUUCUCUGUGCAUCAAUUAUGUUUUUUGUAGUUUUUAUUUAAAUACUUGUAGUUCACAAAGAGUUACAAUCUAUGUUUAGAUUCUAAACAUGACAGUAAAAGGUUUAAUCUAGUAUUAAAAGGAUUUAUUAUUAGAAUUAGCGUGAAACACAUGUAUAUAUUUAAAAAAGUUGAACUCUGUGUUCUUGUUGUUGUCAUGUUUAUAGUCAAUAGUAAAAAUAGAAAAAUAAUGUUGACGCAUCAAAUAAGAAAACCCCACAUUUGACUUAAUUGAAGUGAAUCUGCAGCAACAGGAGGAUUUUAUGUGACAGGGAUCAACCGAUACGGUUCUUUUCAAGGCCGAUACGAUCCUGAUCAUUUUUUAAGUCUGGACGACAAAGUUUACAAAGUUUUUUUGUCCUUAAAAAAGAAGUAAAAAAUUGGAAGAAUGUCCUGUGUAAUGAGAUAUCUUUGACGUUUAUGUUGCUGCAGGUUUAGAUGUUUAAAACACAAAAAAAAAACGAUGUAAGUGAAACAAAUGUCAUCAUGUAGAAAUAAAUCCAAACUAGUUUAAAAACUGGUAAAGAAAUGAAAGGAAAACUUUUAGCAUAAAUGUAUUUUUUUACUGUAAAGAAAAUCAAAGUAAAAAAGAAAAAACCUGUACGAUCAGAAAAUAAAAAUAAAAGAACAGUUAUUAUACUUUAAAUUAAUGUUAUACAUUAAAAACUGUAAAAACUUGAGGCUAAAAAAUAUAAUUUUGUUAGCCAGACUCUCCAUUUUGACUACGGCUGGUUUGCUCUUCUUCAAGGAGACAAAUGACUCACUCUUUAAUACCCAGGUGUGAUGAAAGAAAAGCAGGGAGGAUUUAAAGCCUUAAACAUGGUAUAAUUAGGAAAUCAGUUAUGGUACAUCUGCAUGUGUUUGCUUGCAUCAAAGGAGUUGAGAAAAAGACUGUGUGGGGGGUGAUUAUCUAUAUUUAAUGUUCCUCAAAUGUAGUAAAAUUUGGGCAAUUUUUCCACCUGAGUCUGAUGAGUAAAAGACCCACGGUUACGAGUCAAACUAAAAAUUAAUAUUGUUUUUUUAUCACCUUAUUGUGGGUACAAUACAAAAAUAAAAGCAAUAAAAACCCAAACAGCUCAAGUUUCACAAUACUAAGUGUUUCUUUGCCUCCACCCUGGGGUGGAGACACAGAAUCACUUCAUACUGUGAAACUCCAACACCUGGAUUUGAAGUAAGCUUCCUCAUCUCACUGUGUAAAAGCUGACCCUCACUUACAGAAUGAGGUCUGGCAGUCUGAAAGUUUUAUUCAUAGCUUUUGUCUCGGUUUGGGUUUUGUUUUACCUGAACUCCAUAAAAAGAGACGUCUAUGACUAUUCAAGAAAACUCCACCUCAACGACUCCAUCAGGGGUCAAGAGGUCCUGCUGAGGGUGAGCAAGAUGGAGGCUGACAUCAACAGGCUGAUCAGUCGGCUGCAAAAGGAUGAAAACGACAAGCAGAUGGAGACAAAAAGGAAGGAGGAGAAGAAGGCAGUGAGGAAACUUUAUCCAAAUUCUCCUCUGUUCCAAAAGUGGGGGGACCACCUGUCUGAAGGGGAGCAGAAAGAAGCCAAGUAUUUAUUUAAGAAAUACGGCUACAACACUUACCUGAGCGACAGGCUGCCGCUCAACAGAGAGAUCCCCGACACCAGGCCUCCCAGAUGUGCAGAGAGGAAAUAUCCAGAAGAGCUGCCGUCCCUCAGUGUUGUCCUGAUCUACCUGGAUGAAGCUCUUUCCAUCAUCAAGAGGGCCAUCCGCAGCAUCAUGAACAAGACGCCCGCCCGUCUGCUGACGGAGAUCAUUCUGGUCGAUGAUCACAGCUCAAACGAGGAUUUAAAGCAGGAGCUGGACGACUACAUCAGCUUGAUUCAUGAAGAGCGUCCAGGCCUGGUGAAGAAAGUGAGGCACGCCGAGCAGCUCGGCCUCACGCAGGCCAGACUGUCCGGAUGGAAAGUAGCUACAGGAGACGUGGUGGCCAUCUUGGAUGCUCACAUAGAAGUCCAUGUACAAUGGGCAGAACCCCUGCUGGCUCGGAUUAAAGAGGACCGCACGGUGAUCCUCUCUCCAGUCUUUGACAAAGUCAACUACGACGACUUUGCAGUCGUUCCCUAUUCUCCUUCUGCUCAAGGCUUCGACUGGGCUUUGUGGUGCAUGUAUGAAUCCUUCCGACCGGAGUGGUACGCCACAGGGGAUAAAUCACUGCCUGGAAAAAGUCCAGCUGUCAUGGGGAUACUUGUUGCUGAUCGCAAGUUCUUUGGAGAAAUUGGAGGCCUGGACGGUGGAAUGAAAAUCUACGGGGGAGAAAAUGUGGAGCUGGGUAUUCGGGUCUGGCUGUGUGGAGGCAGCAUAGAGAUAAUACCUUGCUCUAAAAUCGCCCACAUUGAGCGAUACCACAAACCCUACCUCCCAGACCUGUCCAUCAUGAUGAGGAGAAACGCACUGAGAGUGGCAGAAGUUUGGAUGGAUGAAUACAAAAGCAGCGUUAACAUCGCCUGGAACCUUCCAGUGGAAAAUCAUGGGAUUGAUAUCGGAGAUGUGUCGGAGAGGAAGAAGCUCAGAGAGAAGCUGAAGUGCAAACCCUUCCAGUGGUUUCUAGAUAAUGUUUACCCCUCUCUGAAACCCAUCAACAACUUGCUUGGUUAUGGAGCUCUGAUUAAUAAUUUGAAGCCAGAUCUCUGUGUGGACCAGGGCCCAAAACCAGGAUACACGCCUAUAAUACAUCCAUGCCACUUCUUCUCACCUCAGCGCUGUUUUUACAACACUGAUGGCAAACUCUACAUCGGUGGGAUCAAAUCUCACAAAUACAACAGCGAUAGCUGUCUGGUGGACCUCGGUUCCGGGAAUUUUCCUGGUCUCUUUGAGUGCAAGGUCGCCCAGGAGAAGAAAUUUCACAUGUUGUGGGAUUUUAAGCAGGGAGGACAGAUCAAGAACAGGAAGACAAAGCGUUGUCUGGAGGUCGCACGUGGAAAAGAUGGAUACUUCAGUCUCGUCGUUCAACAGUGCAGCGGCCAAAGCUGGAAGAUCCAACAUGUCGUCAAUCAGACUGUUUCUGCAAAUGGUCUAAAGUGACUCCUUUAUUGUCUUUUGUUGGAUUUUUCAGUAAGAAUUUCUUAAUUUUCCUCACAUUUUGACAACUGUAAGUGAAUAAUACUCACCACUAUAUAUAUAUAUAUAUAUAUAUUAAAGGGGGAUAUUGCUUUCUAUUUUUAACUUUCUAUUGGGUUUCAAACUCUUCCAGAACAUUUUCAUGUUGGACAUAAACAUCUAUUAAUCUUGUAAAGCCCCCAAAAUUUGACAGUAAAUUAUCAUUAUUUUUUUUUUUAG